AUGCAGCCUCUUCUGUCGAAAAAUAAUGACAACGACGACGACGACGACGACGACGACGACGACGACGACGACGAGAAAAGAAGAAGAAAACAAAGAAGAAGAGAGAAGAAGAAGAAGAAGAAGAAAGAGAUGAAGAAGGAAGAGAAGAGGAAGAAGAAAGAGAUGAAGAAAAGAGAAAAGAAAACGACGACGAUUCAGAAGAAGAAGACCACCGCUGAGGAAGAAGAAGAAGAAGAAGAAGAAGAAGAAGAAGAAGAAGAAGAAGAAGAAGAAGAAGAAGAGAAACACCACCGACAACAGAAACGGAGACGCUACGACCACCACCACCACCACCGCCACCGAAAAGGGUCGUCUUUGCCCGUCGUGGUCGGCGGGGCGAAGAGGAAGAGAAUUGACGUUUCUGAUGUUGAGGAGGCGUUAGAAGUAGAAUUAGAAGAAGAAGAAGAAGAAGAAGAAGAAGAAGAAGAAGAAGAAGAGGAAGAGGAAAAGGAAAAGGAGGGAAAUGAGGAGGAGAAACCAGUAUUGACGAAAACGUACGACAUUACGGCGUGGAAAGAAGAAAUCGCCAAGCACAAAAGAAGCAGCAGACAAACGACGACGCGGAGAAGGAAAAACGACGACGACGACGACGGCGCUUUGGGUGGUACUAGUGCUCGAAGUGACACCACCAGAGCUGAGCUAGCUAUUGCUGAUAAUACUGACAAAAGUGGUGGCGGCGGUGAAAAUGCUAUUAACGACGGUACUCACAAGAACAAGCGGUUUUUGCUGCGAGUACCGCUUUGGGCGCAAAAAUCAGCGCUCGCGCAGAGCGCGGUUUCCAAAGCGUUUAAAAGAGAAACUAUUAUUAGUACGAGUGAUGACGAGAAAGACCAACGCGAAGAAGCGUCCCCAGUACCACCAUCAGCAGCAACAGGAGGAGGAGGAGCAUCGAAAGCAUCAUCAUUUGAACAGGCGUUGAGAGCAAACAGAGCGACGCAAGCGCGCGCGAAGGAAAUGUUGGAAAGCAUAGAUGCGUUGAUUGAACGAGACGCUUUGAAAAUUGAAGAAAUCAAGGAACUUUGGCAAAGUCGCAAACACCAACAGACGCAAUCAGAAGAUGAAGAAGAAGAAGAAGAAGAAGAAGAAGAAGAAAAAGCGAAAGAGGAGCAGAAAAAUAAUUUUGCCGCUGCCGACGCCUCUUCUUCUCUCGCAGAUGGUGAUGGAGGUGGUGGUGAUAGUGAUGGAAAGAACGCUUUUUCGAGACAAAGACCAAGAAGGAGAAAUGACGACUGCGACGAAGAGUUGGAAGCAAUCGCGAAUAACGUCGGGAAAAUUCUUCGAAGAAAAAUGGGCCGUCCUCCGUCGAAGAAGAGUAAUAAAGAUAACAUUAGCGCCACCGACAACGACGAAAUCAAUAAUCAUUGGUCGUCCCCGUCGGCGUCGGCGUAUUUUCAGGUGGUUGGAAUCGCAAGCGAGCUUGAAAACGAUGACGACGAUAAAUUAUCUCCAAAAGCUCUUCUUCCAAACGAUAUAAACAACGGUAACAACGAUUCGGCUUUCGCGAGAAACGUCGAGCGUAAGAUUCCCUUGCACUUCAACGAUGCCUCUAGUAACGGUUUCAAACCUUGGUCGGAGAAAGACGAUUUGGCUUUAACAGAAGGCGUUCGCUUGUAUCUGCUCGAGAAGAGACGUCUGAGGAAACAAGUCGACUUGGAAGAGUUGGCUGGGGAGAAAAUAAUCCCAGUUGAAGACAUUUUAACAGACGUUUCGAGAGGAUGGCAAAGCGUUUGGGAGAACUGUUCUUCUCGCCGUUCUUCAUCGACAACGACGCCAACAUCGAUCGAUGACUGGUCCGCGGUUCGAAACCUGUGCGUUUUUAAGAAGAAAACUGGCGCCGAUGAUGGUAAUAAUAAAGAAAGAGAAGAAGACGAUGACGACGAUGUGGAUCACAAUAAGCUGGCGCUGUCGAGAACGCCUGACGAUUUGCGUUUACGAUGGAUACACGCGGUUGAUCCGAGGAUAGCAUCGACGAUAGAUUCUUCUUCGGAAAAAAAGACGGCGACUUCCUCCUCGAACGCGGCGCUGUGGAGCGAAGAGGAAGACACGUUUCUCGCUUCUCUCGUCGAGGAAGAUGCAUUAGAAGAAGAAACUGGUGGUUUAAUAGAAAAACGCAAGUGGUUUCGAGUAGCGAACAAUUUGAACGUGCACAUGAAACAACGCUCGAGGAGUGGAACAACAAAACAGGGCGACGAUGUUGACGACGACGCGGGGGAGGAGAAGAAAGAGGAGAAUUUACGGCGAGAAUUGUUGCUACGAUCGCCGUUUCAGUGUCUCCAUCGAUACCAGACUAUCUUGAACAAAAAUAUAACCCGCUCCAAAUGGACGAGCGAAGACGAUUGCGCUCUCCAGACUUUUGUCCAAGAGUGCGGCCAAGCCAGAUGGAACGAGUGCGCGAGAUUCUUACCAGAAUAUGGUCACACUGCCACGCAGUGCAAGCAUCGCUUUUUAAAGUUGAUGCAAAACAAUUCAGAGAAGGAGUACAAAAAAGGUAAGUGGACGAAAGAGGAAGACGAAGAGUUGAAGGCGAUUGUUUUGGGGGAACAAAAAGACGGAGAAGAAGAAGAUGAGGAGGAUCAGGAGGAGGAGAGAGAGAAAGAGAAAAACAAUAAUAAUGCUGAGAGUAAUGCGAUUCCGUGGUCUCUCGUCGCGAAGAAAAUGAGCACGAACAGAAGAGACAAGCAAUGUCGAGAACGAUGGACGAACAUUUUACAACCUUCUCUUUUGAACGAACAGUUCGGAACCGCGACUGGGAUGAAGAGAAAAUUCACUCCGAAAGAAGACGCGAUGUUGUUAGUUUUGCACGCGAAUUUUAUCGAUAAGAAGGAGAGGCGGAAAGACUGGUCCGUCUUUGAAUCGACCGAGGUUCUCCCGGGAAGAUCGGUGAAACAGUGUAAGCAACGCGUGGCAACGUUGUUGAAGAAGAAGAAAGAAGUCGAGAUUCGAGAAAGGCUUGAGCGAGAAAUUACCAAGGAAAAGAACAAGGGGAGCGGUAUGCAGCGCCUUGUAUUCUGGUUGCAGCAGCCGUCGAAGUGA